GCCGAUUGGCGGGACGAGUAAACGGAGUCAUAAUGGCGGAGUUUUGUUUGUCGAAUUUGUCGUAAUGUGCUUUGUUUUAUUAAGUCUGAAAUAAACUUUAUUAAAACGUGUCUGUUUUAUGUGGACGGUUUUAAAAUGGCGACGUUAGUUCUGGACAACGGAGCUUACACGGCGAAAAUAGGAUACAGUCAGGAGAAAGUCAGCGUCAUCCCAAACUGCCAGUUUCGCUCCAAGACGUCCAGAUUAAAAACCUUCACUGCCAAUCAGCUCGAUGAGAUCAAAGAUCCUUCAGGUCUCUUCUACAUCCUCCCCUUCCAGAAGGGUUAUCUGGUCAACUGGGACGUCCAGAGGAAAGUGUGGGAUCACCUGUUUGGAAAAGAGAUGUUUAAGGUGGAAUUUGCAGACACCAGCAUCAUCAUCACGGAGCCGUACUUCAACUUCACCUCCAUUCAGGAGUCGAUGAACGAGAUCCUGUUCGAGGAAUACCAGUUCCAGUCGGCUCUCAGGACAAACACGGGCUCGCUCAGCGCUCAUCACUACUUCCACACCAAACCGUCAGAGCUCUGCUGUCUGGUGGUCGACAGCGGAUUCUCCUUCACACACAUCUCCCCUUACUGCCGCAGCAAGAAAAUGAAGGAGGGCGUCCGCAGGAUCAAUGUAGGAGGGAAGCUACUGACCAAUCACCUGAAGGAGAUCAUUUCAUAUCGGCAGUUACAUGUCAUGGAUGAAACUCAUGUGAUCAACCAGGUGAAAGAAGACGUGUGCUACGUCUCUCAGCAGUUUUACAAGGACAUGGAGAUCGCACAGAUGAAGGGGGAGGAGAACACUGUGAUGAGGGAUUAUGUUCUCCCAGAUUUCAGCUCAAUCAAAAAGGGCUUCUGUAAGCCUCGAGAGGAGAUGGUGUUCAACGGAAAAUACAAGACAGGAGAGCAGAUCCUGAGGCUAGCCAACGAGCGCUUUGCUGUUCCUGAGAUGCUCUUUCACCCGUCAGACAUCGGCAUCCAGGAGAUGGGCAUCUCAGAGGCCAUCGUCCACUCCAUCGAGUCCCUGCCAGAAGAGAUGCAGCCCCACUUCUACCAGAACAUCGUCCUGACCGGAGGGAACACUUUGUUUCCAGGCUUCAGAGAGCGGCUGGAGGCGGAGCUGCGAUCUCUCGUCCCCGCCCACCUCCCUGUGUCAGUCCUACUACCUGCAAAUCCAAUCAGUUACUCGUGGGAAGGAGGGAAGCUGCUGGCCCAUAACCCGGACUACGACGAGAUGGUGGUGACAAGAGAGGACUAUGAAGAGAAUGGACAUUGUAUUUGUGAAGAAAAGUUUGACCUUUGACCUCAUGAACAUAAAAAUCAUAGCCACAAAUGACUGUUUCUAUUACACAAUAAAAAUAAUUCUCAUGCACUUCAGGAUAAACAGUAAAAUAUAAACUUUGACUGUAUUGUUAUAUUUUUAUUUCAGUAUGGCAGGAUGUUGUGUAUAUGUGGAUUUGUUGAUUGUUUUUCUGAACUUUUUUUACAUAAAAAAUUGCUAAGACAAGA